AAGGCUCCAGAACAUAUCAGGGAGAGGCGGGAAGACACAGAGCUCGAGCACAUUCAGCACAAGAGGCGGGAGAUGAAGUGUUUCCACGAGAGCCAAAGCGCAAACCAGGUGCACCACGCGCUGCACUUUCAAACAGACCAGCGCAACUCGCUAGCUGCUCCCUCUCCGCUGUUUGCUCCUCUAUCAGACCCACGGGACUUCACUGGUUCAUCCCUAACCUGACAGGUUCAGCUCAUCGGACCGGGAGACCGAGCGAACGCAGGAGUAGGGGGACACUGAGCCGGAGUUGGAGGGGGGACAUGCUCGCUCAGCAACCCAGCAUAGUUUCUCCAAGGUGGGCCAAGCUGUGACAGAGGGCCUCUCUCUGGUGAGCCAAUCCGCAACCCUGACCGCUCCAGCAGGCCUCACUCCCAGUCCUAACUACUGUGUGUGCCAGGACCAGGCCACCUCCAGCCCAGGCCAGACCACGUCUACCCCAGGCCAGCCCAGAGUGGGUCAGCCCCAGCCCAACCCACCACUUCCCCAGCCCAGUAGCGGCCCAGGCCCAGGCUCCAGAAGCAUGGCCUUCACCCUGUCAGAGAUCAUGGCUGCACGGCGGCAGCAGCAGUCCCAGGCCCAGCGGGCGGCAGGCAGGGCAGCCGUGGAGGUGGAUGAAUACAGCACCAACCCCACCCAGGCCUUCACCUUCUACAACAUCAACCAGGGACGCUUCCAGCCCCCGCACGUACACAUGGUGGACCCCCUGCCCCACGACACUCCCAAGCCGCCAGGUUACACCCGUUUUGUGUGUAUCUCAGACACCCACUCCCGUACGGACGCCAUUCAGAUGCCCUAUGGAGACGUGUUCAUCCAUGCUGGAGACUUCACAGAGCUGGGCCUGCCCUCUGAGGUCAAGAAGUUCAAUGAUUGGCUAGGCACCUUGCCCUAUGACAUAAAGAUAGUGAUUGCGGGGAACCAUGAGUUGACCUUUGACCAGGAGUUCAUGGCUGACCUGAUCAAGCAGGACUUCUACUACUUCCCGUCGGCCUCCAAGCUGAAACCAGAGAACUACGAGAACGUCCAGUCCCUGCUCACCAACUGUAUCUACCUGCAGGACUCAGAGGUCACUGUACGAGGCUUCCGUAUCUACGGCUCCCCCUGGCAGCCAUGGUACUAUGGCUGGGGUUUCAACCUGCCAAGAGGUCAGGCUCUGCUGGACAAGUGGAACCAGAUCCCCGACUCCACCGACAUACUGGUCACACACUGCCCCCCACUGGGAUUCCUUGACUGGGUUCCUAAGAAGAUGCAGCGGGUGGGCUGUAUGGAGCUGCUCAACACUGUCCAGAGGAGAGUACAGCCCAAGCUGCACGUGUUCGGACACAUCCACGAAGGUUAUGGUAUGAUGACAGACGGCACCACCACGUUCGUCAACGCCUCAGCCUGCACCGUCAACUUCCAGCCCAUGAACCCGCCCAUCGUCUUCGACCUGCCCAAUCCCACCAGGACCACAUGACUAGAGAAGCCCCGCCCUGCUGAGCCCCCCUCCAAUCAGGAGACAAGUGGUGGGAAGGCAGAUAGGUGAGGGUGGUGGGCAGGUGUGGUGGAGUACUGUAUAUAGUCAAGGCUCUAACGGAUGCUGUGUGUGUGCGUGUGCGUGUGGGUGUGUGUGGGGCACAACACACACAAGCCCAAGUCUCUUACAGACGAUGUGUGUGUCUAAAGAGACAGGCGCUGUUGCCAAUCUUCACUUGGCAAAUCCACCGAUGUUCUUUUAUAUACUGUCAUUCCUUUAUUUCAACAAAAGCUCUUACAAACUCGAAAGUAAGGCAAAAGACAGACCCCAGAUGCCUCAUUUCUCAUAUGGACAUGUCAGCAUUAGUCUGUGAAUCUUCUGUUGCACUUCUACUGCACUGACAAACUGACCUGGCUGUCAGAUAGAGAAGAGGACAGGGGGAACAGUGUCUCCUGUGUCACUGUUUGGACUCACAGUCUUUCUCUCAGAAGAAGACACUGGAUAACUCUCAUUCUCUCUUGUUCCUCAUAGAGGACUCUGUUAAGCCACCAGUGGAAGUUGCUCAGUGGCGACAUUUUGACAUUGUGACAGUGUGGUCCACCCUUCAUUUGAGACCUUCCCUGAGGAGUGAUUGAACACUUACCAGUAGGGUUUCAGAACAUGAACCCAAUGUCCAUGUUCGACUUUAUGGAGCUGUUUGCCAGCACAGAAAGGAUACCCCUGCCAGUACUCUGAUAUCACACUUCCUGCACUGCAGAUUAAAACACUGCUUUCCCCUCAUCCCUUUUUCUCUUGAUCCCUCUUUUCCUCUACCCCUCUAGUUUCACUCUCUUUCUUUCUUUCUUUCUUUCUUUCUUUCUUUCUUUCUUUCUUUCUUUCUUUCUUUCUUUCUCUCUUUCUUUCUUUCUUUCUUUCUUUCUUUCUUUCUUUCUCUCUCUCUCUCUCUCUCUCUCUCUCUCUCUCUCUCUCUCAGGCCUUGGGCAUGGUGGUUUGUGUAUGUGUCUGUGUGUGAGAGAGAUCAAAGUGUGUGUGUGAGGGCAGCGGGAGGUCUCUGCCAUGGGCUGUGUGUGAGUAUAAGUGUCAAACGUGUUGACACCACUCCCCUGGGUCUCAUUACAACUCUCAGUAAGCCUCUUAACCAGGGGAGAGGGAUCUCUUCCUCUUUUCCCUUGUUUUUCCCCCUCUCUCCUUCUCCCCCCUCCAUCCCUCGUUGCAUGUGUAAUCAGCUCACCCUCUCAUCCCUGGCUCAUGUGCCGUGAUCCUGACAAGUUUAUUCCGAGGUCACCGGCUGGGAAGUCUGCACGAUUUUGAUUCCUGGUACGGAUUACUGGAAAUACGUAAUAGCCAACGGAGCGGAUUGGCAAAUGUGUUUGCUCCCGACCCUGUACAGAAGCAGCGGUGUCUGGAAUGUUCUUGCUGCUCCAUGGUGCCCUUUCUGGGAGAGAUGCAUCAUGGGAAUGAACUUUGAACUCUUAGUGGACCAAUGGAUGACGAUGAGGUGUAGGCCUAAUGUACCGUAACUGGUCAAGAAGUCGGGAACUGUACAUCUACAUCACCUGUCAUUGUAAAAACAUGUUAGCAAUCAAGGAUUACUUCAAAUGUUGUUAAAUAUGUGUGUGUGUUGUUUAAAAAAAGAGCCAGUGCAGAAACAAUGCUUACAUUUUAUUCUAAGUUCAGUUCUUUCUUGAAUAGGCUAAUAAAUGCUUAUUAAUGUAUAAUAAUAGCUGCACUAUGUUACACUCUAAAAAAUACUGGGUUGUUUGGUUGACUCAACUCACAAGUUGUUUUCUUUAAAAACUUCAGGGUUAUUGAUGCUGGGUUAUUGAGUUAUGACCCAGCGGGUCAGAUCAGAAGACAGGAGGUGUAGUUUAGUAGGGGCGUGGUUUUCAGAUAGUUAUUUUUAACCACCCAUGAAAGUAAAUGUCAUUCCUAUUCAUCUGUUCGGUUGCAUAGUUAUCACAUAUUAAGGUCGAACAUUUAAAAUUUUGUAGCUUCAAUGACGCUUACAGAAGUGUAUAUGUAAAUCCCAUUGUUGGGAUACAAUAAGGUGGUAUACCUUAUUAGGCAAUAAGAUGGUAUACCUUAUAAUAAGUAAUAAGAAUCUUAAUAUUACAGACGAAUGUGUGAAAAGCAUGUUAUUGACAUUUUAAUUUGCAGUAUGUACAUUUAAGAUGAUGAACAGGAGUGACAUUUAGUCUCACGGGUGGCCAAUAAGAUCUUGCUUAAAGCCACUCCCCUAAUAAACCACGCCUCCUGAAAAUAACCUAAGGAUUACGUUAAAUAAGAUCCAGCUUCUAGGUCAACCCAGCAUGAGAGUCAAAAAUACCCAACUGAUGGUUACAUUAACCCAUGUUUGGGUAAUCCCAACUACCCAACAUGUUGGGUCAUUCAUGCAACCCAACUGGCUGGGUCAAAAUAACCCAACAUGCGUUCUGUCCACUAUUUAACCAACGCUAAAUUAAGUUGUUUUAAUCAUUUUUUAGAGUGCACGGGGUUACCCACACCUUGUGUAGUAGCUAUUAUUAACGCGUUCAUGUUGUCAAGCAGUUGUCUGCGUAAAAAAGGGUAACAUUUUUCUUUCGAAAGCACUUGUGAAUGAGCGUCCUUCCUUUGCUCAUCUGGAAGCCUUUGGUUGGCUAGCUGAGCUCAAAGUGUGGUUAGCAUAACAUGACAACAUCCCUGUUUGUUCUCUCUGCUCUCAUUAGACAUUAUAUAUCAACAUCCCGUCUGGCUACAUUUUAUUCCCAGGGUCACUGGGCUUUUACUGCUGUUCUGCACACUGUGCUAGCUGGGCUAUGUCUUAAUGGGGCAGAUUAGUGGGCUGUUGUAGGAAUAAGUUAGAGUGUUUACAGAUAAGUGCGUGUGAAUACUGUAUGUGGGUGUAUACCUGUGUGUGAUUGUGUGCAUGUGGAUAGAGCCAGGGGGUAAGCAUCCUGGGAACAUGCUUAAGCGGGACUGGGGGGGAUCCAUGUCUGUAUCAUCGUACUUUCUUUUAAAGAUUUCUGCGGGGGGAUAUGUCUGUUUGUUUUUCGCCAUUUCUUACUAUUCUCUUUCAACCAUAACUUUGAAAUGUCUCACUUUUUAUGCACUGAGCCUCAAUAGCUGUAUUCUGUAUUUCCUGUUUUCUUUGAAAACUCAACAUGUUUGCCGUUGUAUUUCUCGUUCGUUCCUUGGGGCAUGCUGUUCUGAAUCUAAUAACUUUUGAUGACAAUCUGCUUGUAUUGUAUGUAUAUCAUUGUUACCAUUGUUUGGGAAAUACUAACUAUUGUUUUUUUAAAUUGCUUUAAUGAUGUACAAUAUUCUUUCAUGUGAAAAGAGAAAAAAGUCCAACCAUUUUAGAAUGGUAUUGUAUAAUGUGUUGCCCCUGGAGACAACUCUGUAAAUGUAAAAUACCUUUCUUAAAACUACCUGCUUCUGGUUUUCUGAGAGAUUAUCUACACAAAUUUAAUUAAACCUUAUCUGUGACCAACGGA